UUGAUUCAUCAUAAAGACAGCACAGCACACCCCCAUCUGCACCUACACUCAUUGGCUGUUACUCUUCGAAACUCUUUUAUAUAUAUAUAAUUAUUGGACAGUGCCAUUCUUCAUCUUCAUCUUCAUCUUCUUCUUCCUUCUGUCAUCUCUCUUACCAACCUCAACAGCAUCAGCCGAGGCAGAAUUCAAUUCAUUCCCUCCACUGUGUCUCCUCAUUCUUAUCCACUAAUUAAUAAUUCCCUCUCCAUCUCUGCAAUUAAUUAAUUAAUUGAGCCAUGAGCCAGAGCAGGAGAGACCGAGAAUUAUCAGACCGGAAAAUGGAGGAGGAGACACCGCCGGCGAGGAUUAAUAAUAAUAAUAAUAACGAUGAUGAUGAAGUAAUAUUAGCGGAGUCCGAGGAGGAGGAGGAGGAGUGGAAAUCGAGGAGGUCGGCGCCAUGGCAGAAGCAGAUAACGGUGAGGGGGGUGGUUGCGAGCGUGGUGAUCGGGUCGCUGUUCAGCGUGAUAGCGAUGAAGCUGAAUCUGACAACGGGGAUCACCCCGAACCUGAACGUGUCGGCGGCGCUGCUGGGGUUCAUCCUCGUCUCGGCCUGGUCCAAGGUUGUCCGGAAGGUCGGGAUGUCUUCUUCCCCCUUCACCAAGCAGGAGAACACCAUGAUCCAGACCUGCGUCGUUGCAUGCUACGGAAUCGCCGUCGGAGGGGGGUUUGGAUCGUACCUGCUGGGGAUGAACAGGAAGACGUUCGAGCAGUCGGGGGGGUCGAGCGUGGAAGGCAACACAGCCUCCAGCGUCAAAGACCCUUCACUCGGCUGGAUGACUGCUUUCCUCUUCCUCGUCUGCUUCAUCGGACUUUUCGUCCUCGUCCCUCUCCGAAAAGUUCUGAUAGUCGACUACAAGUUGACGUUCCCAAGCGGAAUGGCGACGGCAGUACUGAUCAAUGGCUUCCACAGCAAGGGCGACAAAUUCGCCAAAAAGCAGGUCGGGGGAUUCUUGAAGUCGUUCAGUGUGAGCUUCGUGUGGGGUUUGUUCCAAUGGUUUUUCGCCGCCAAAGAAGGGCUCUGUGGUUUCGUCCAAUUUCCCACUUUCGGACUGCAAGCCUGGAAGCACACAUUUUAUUUUGACUUUAGCUUGACUUACGUGGGGACAGGGAUGAUCUGCUCCCACAUAGUCAACUUUUCGUUGCUUCUUGGAGCAGUGCUCUCUUACGGGAUGAUGUGGCCUCUCAUUGCCAACCUUAAAGGCAAAUGGUUCCCUUCCACUAUACCCGAAGCCAGCAUGAAGAGCCUUAAUGGCUACAAGGUGUUCAUCUCCAUUGCUCUCCUCCUCGGCGACGGACUCUACAACUUCGCUAAGAUACUGUAUGUCACUGCAGUUAAUAUGCGCGGUCGGAUCAAUGCAGCCAAAGCUCAAAAUUCAGAGGCGUCGGGCGAACACAAGAGCGGAGACAACGCGCGUAACGACGAGGUAUUUGUAAGAGAAAGCAUCCCGUUGUGGCUAGCCGGCACCGGUUACCUACUCCUAGCCGUAAUAUCGACCAUAGCGAUCCCCCACAUAAUACCCGAGCUCAAAUGGUACUUCAUACUCAUGUCCUACGUAGUCGCGCCGUCUCUAGCCUUUUGCAACGCCUACGGCGCGGGAUUGACCGACAUAAACAUGUCGUACAACUACGGAAAAGUGGGCCUAUUCACGAUCGCCGCGAUGUCGGGGAAGGAGCACGGCGUCAUCGCCGCACUCGCCGCUUGCGGGCUCUUCAAAUCGAUCAUCAACGUCUCGUGCAUCCUUAUGCAAGAUUUAAAGACUGGGCAUUUGACGUUGACGUCGCCGCGGGCGAUGCUGCUCAGCCAGGCGAUCGGGACGGCGUUGGGUUGCAUCGUCUCGCCGUUGAGCUUUUUCUUGUUUUAUAAGGCGUUCGACGUCGGGAACAAUGCCGGGGAAUUUAAGGCGCCGUAUGCGAUAAUUUAUCGCAACUUGGCCAUCAUUGGGGUGCAGGGCUUCUCGGCCCUGCCCCAGCACUGUUUGCAGCUUUGCUACGGGUUUUUCGCGUUCGCCGUCGCGGUUAAUUUGGCGAAGGAUAUGGCGCCGGCGAGGGUCGGGAAGUGGAUGCCGCUCCCGACGGCGAUGGCGGUGCCGUUUUUGAUCGGAGGGUACUUUGCGAUCGAUAUGUGCGUCGGGAGUUUGUUGGUGUUUGUGUGGCAGAAAGUGCGCCCCGCGACGGCGCGGGUGAUGGUUCCGGCGGUGGCGUCGGGGUUCAUUUGCGGCGAGGGGCUGUGGUCGCUGCCGGCGUCGAUCUUGGCGUUGGCGAAGAUCCGGCCGCCGAUUUGUAUGAGGUUCUUGCCGGCUUCUGCGCUCAAAUGAUGUCCUUAAGUAUUUUUUUAUUUGAAACUAUGAGUGAUAACGAGGAUGAAAUGACGUUGUAGAUGCCAAUGAAGUUUUAUUUUCUAGCACAAGUGCAAAAUUUCCGAACUAUAUAUACAUACAGUUUGAUGUGAA